CAGACGGAAGAUCAUCAAGUCACAAAGUUUCCAACCACAAAUGUACCUCACAUCGAGCAACGCUUAUCCUCAGGUUGUGGUUACACUACUUUUAUGACUCUUAAAAUAAUAAAAGGUGCAUAUCACUGUGCCAAGAAAACAUUAGAAGCUCAAACUGAUCACAUACACACAAAAUUGCCUUUGAGUGAUGUAACAUUUUCUUAACUUGCACAUAUAUGUAGAGUCUAUAUCCAAUCUAUGUAAUCUAUUGUAACUGAAUGCACUACAUCUUGCACUUAGUCCUUUCAGUUUAAUUCUGACUGUUGUAUCAUGGAUUUGUAAAGUGUAUUAGCACAGGAAAUUUCAUUUGCAUGUGGGUUAGUUCACCACAACUCCUACUCAAGAGAGCACAGAAGUCAAUUCACACACGCACAAGAGACAACAGAGGAACAGAGGUUGCAUCAAAAGCGUCUUCACACUUCUAGUGCUGGGAUUCCUAUAGUGGAUGCUCUAUCACAUGGCCUUCUGUCUAUUUUUGGCAAAGAAAAUCAUCUUAUAAUUGCAGCGUUUUCUCACACGGAGUUGAAACGGUGCAGAGUUGGUUUCUGUCAUAAAGUCAGAAAAUGGUCAUAAAAUAAACAUGGGCUGUCUAACAAGCAGACUCUGGCGUCGAUCCGCUGUUCGACUGGAGGAUCCCGUUUUGACGUCUGGUGGGUCUUCGGGAAAUCACAUGAACAUGGCGGUGGCCUUAUGCAACUUUCCACCCCACACGUUUGAUGAACAUACUAUAUUUUUCGGAGACAGACUGAACAUUAUAUCAGAAGAUGAUGACAUGUUGAGGGUUAGAUCUAUAUCAACAGCCACAGAGUUUUUCAUUCCUCACACCUACGUUUCCAAAGUGCACAAUCGGUGGCUGUUUGAAGGGAUCACCAGGAGAAAUGCAGAACAACUUCUUAGGCUGCCUCAAAACUACUCUGGAUGUUUUCUAAUUCGGGAAAGUCAGUCAUGCCCUGGUUCCUACUCACUCUCAAUACGACAUGAUAGAGACCAUAUGCACAAUGUAAAGCACUACAGAAUCCAUCAGAUCGACAACGGCUGGUUCUAUAUCCACAAAAACCGGCCCUUCUCCACUCUCAUCCAGCUGGUAGACUAUUACUCACGACCUUUUAAUGGAACAUGCUGUCAGCUGACUGAACCUUGCUUAUUUCAUGACUUGAGCACAACAGUAGCACAUACACCCUCACCAAAAGUAUUCCAGAGGUCCAGUCUUAACUGGAAAGAUUUGUCCAGGUCGAUGAUUCAAAGGCAGUUAAAGGGGGAUGAAGAGACUCUGGUUAGUGAAGGACUGCGAGAGACUCUAAAUACAUAUUUUUACAUCACAGAGGAGUCGAGCUGUGAGGACUGAGUCACAAAGAACACACAUUUAUUAACAUCACUUAAGUAAUAGAUGUUUUGGGUCUUUUCAGUAUAUUUGGUGGACAUUUUGACCACAACGCUCUGUCCUGUACAAGUACAUUCUUAAGCCUGAUUAAUGAUCAUGGUAACACUUUACAAUAAGGUUUUAUUUGUUAACAUUAAUUUAUGCAUAAACUAGCAUUGACAUCGAGCAAUAUAUUUUUACAGCAUCUAUUAACCUUUGUUAAUGUUAGUUAAUAAAAAUGUUCAUGUUAGUUCACAGUUCAUACUGUUUGACAGAUACAACAUUUGAUCUUAAAAAUAUAAUAGUAAAUGUUGAGAUUAACAUUAACUGAUCAAUAAAUGCAGUAGAAGUACUGUUCGUUCUUAGUUCAUGUUAACUAAUGUUAACAAAGGAUACCUUAUUGUAAAGUGUUACUAUUAUCGUUUGCUUUUAAUUAUCAUUUUGGUUAUUUUAUUAUUUUUUAAUGAAGAUUUGUUAUGUUAUAGUCAUGUCUGUUGUAAAGGACAAGAUGCAUUACCUUGGGAAACUACAGAGUAAAUUGCUCAGUUACAUAAAGUAAAGUAACAAUACAAACAAUGUAGUAACAUACUUUAAAUAUAAUUAUGUGUGACAUAAAAUAAUGAUGUAAAUAAAAUUGUGGGGAAUUAAUUGUGCAAUUGUGGGAAAAGGGUAAUAAAUAAAUACAUUUAUUUU